AAAAUUAUUAGAGGGUAGUUAGUCUUUCGGUGUAAUUUUGAUAGAUUUUACUGGGCGAUAUUACUGGUGAGAGGUAAAAGCACUUCCUGGAUGAUGGUCAAACCGCGUGAGGAACCUUUAUCAAAGAUGGCUUUCUUUAGGAAGCUUUAUUAUAUUCCACGGCUAGAGAAGGUUCCUUGUAACACCAAUCGAAAUUGCUUUGUUAUUGCCUCCACUAGGUCAAGCUUGUUCGCGGUAGUUCCUGUUUCUGUAGUAUUUGAAUGGCAGAGACGGGCGAGUUUUAACUAGAAACCUUGCUUGCUGAUUUUGAAAGAAAUAGAACACUGUUAGGAGGAGAUUUGGUUGCCAAUUGUUGAAAGAAAUAAGUAGUUGAUUAAUGGAGAGAUAUUUGCUAGAAAAUUUUGAUGUUAGACCGGAACAUUUGUCCGCCGAGGUGCUGGAGAGAUGGAGAAAUCAAUGUGGAAUCAUCAAAAAUCCCAAACGGAGGUUUCGAUUCACUGCCAACCCCUCCAAACGUUACAAGGUGGAUGCUAUGCCCCAAGGCACUCAGGAUUUGAGGUCUGAAUCUGAAUUACAGGGUUUGAGGUGUUCGGAAUCUGAAUUACAGUGUUGGUCGUUUGAAUCUGAAUUACAGUCCAGGUCUGAAUCUAAAUCACAGGUUUUGAGGUGGUCUGAAUCUGAAUUACAGGGUUUGAGGUGGUCUGAAUCUGAAUCACAGGGUUGGUGGUUUGAAUCCGAAUCACCUGGUUUGCGGUCUAAAUAUGAAUCACAGGGUCGGAGGUUUCUUUCUGUGUUUUUCCUUGUCAUGGAGGCAAUAUCAGUAGUGUUGGAUGUAUAUGGAAAAAGCAAUAAGAAUUUUCUUCCCGGCAUAUGGACAUAGACCUGAGAAGGUACUUGCGUGGGUGGAGGUUGCCUUCUCUGUGCUCCAAUUAGUUACUUUGUUAAUUCAAUAGAUUCUAGCUGUUGCAAAAGAUAAGAACAGUUACAGCCCAUCGCUUUUCCCGCUAGUCUUCGCCCUUCUUGUUGUUGUGUUUGCUUUCAAGAAGGAGCAAAUUUCGCAUAGCCAGGAGGGGUACUUGAUCAGUAAGGGUGAGGCAAACGUACUUCUACCUCAAAGAUCUCAUUAUAGUGAAGAUUCAUCAGAUUUGGAAUAUUAUUAAGGUUAAACCAGCCGUCUUCCACUUUUUUUCUAAAAGAUUUACUUUUGAUAUUUUAAUUUUUAAUUAUUAUCUUAAUUAUUUACUUUCUUUGAAGAUUAAUGAGAUCAUAAUA